AUGAAACCAAAUGAGACUAUUAUAACAGACGACAUUUCAAACUAUAAUCUGAAAAAACUAACAGAAAUAGAAAGAUAUGUCUGUUCUGAUAAUAUUGAAUAUUCUGUGCAAGCAUCGAUUAAAAAUGUUAGCAAAGAGAAUAAUGAUAAUGAGACAUUAGCUUACCAGAUAAAUGUUGACUUAGAAAACUACGAUAGUGAUACGCUAGCUACUACAAAUAGUAAGGUCAUAAAAAAAGAAAUCAAAUCUAAUUGUACAUUGUGUGAACUUGUGGAUCAUAUUGAUCAAUGUCUAAAUGCAGAGACACAAUGGAAUAAAUUUCAUCAGUAUAAGAAUUCAAUAAUGUUUGCAACCACAUCUACUACUGAUAAUGACCUUUUCUCAAUAGUAACUAAAAAUAUUGACAAAUAUCUCACAGAAGCUGUUAGUAGUAUAAUUAAGGAUGAGAUAACACAGUGUCUGUUUCUUACAGCUAACAUAAUUGAACUAACACUUGACGAAUUUAAUUCUGAACAAGAGGUUGAAGAAGAAAUUUCAUGUAGAUUUCUUGAAGAUAACUAUGAUGCAUGCAAAAUUACUCUUAAUGCUAUAAUAGACGAAGUCAGAAGAGAAAAUAUCAAAGAAAUCUAG